UUGAUGUAGGAACUGUGAGCUCCGAGAAGCCGCACUUCAGCAACCGGCCACUUCUCAGGUGCCUGCAGCUUCUGCGGUGGGAGCCACUGUCUCUGCAGUCCUGGUACCAGCGUUUCUUGUCCUCUCCCAGUGGGUUUUCUUACAUGCCUGUUUUCCUCAAAAUGGGAAUUAGUAUCACCUUCAUAAGACCUUUUGCCAGAGUUUUGGUGCCAUUUACCCUUAAUAGGAAGAGAAGGGUUUUACAUUCAACAAUUCUGCAGGGAUACAUGUCUUCCAAAAUACCAGCUAUGUACUAUUCUAAAAAGGAAAGUACAUCACCUGAACAGCUGCAAUUGGAUGGGUGGAAAAUUACAAUGAAAUCUAGUGUGCAAGAAGGUGUUUCAGCAGACUCAGAAGAUCCUGUAACUGCCACUAGGGAGUUAAUUGAGAUGUGGAGAUUGCUUGGCAGAGAAGUACCAGAACACAUCAGUGAAGAAGAGCUCAAAACUGUUAUGGAAUGUGUUUCUAAAUCAUCAAAAAAAAAAUAUUUAAAAUAUUUAUAUGUUAAGGAAAAAAUGAAAAAAGCUAAACAAAUAAAAAAGGAAAUGAAAGCAGCAGCAAAGGCAAAAGCAAAAGACCAGGUGUUAGAAACCACUCAGGAAGAUAAACAGCAAAACUUUCUAUUUCUACGACUUUGGGAUAGGCAGAUGGACAUAGCAAUGGGCUGGAAGGGUGUCCAGGCCAUGCAGUUUGGACAACCUUUGGUUUUUGACAUGGCCUAUGAUGAUUAUAUGAAAUCAAAAGAACUGCAGAAUACUGUUUCCCAACUUUUAGAAAGUGAAGGAUGGAACAGAAGAGAUGUUGAUCCUUUCCAUAUUUAUUUCUGCAAUCUUAAAAUAGAUAGCCCUUUUCAUAGAAUGUUUAUUAAACGUUAUGGAAAAAAAUGGAACAAAUUGCUUUUCACAGCAACAGAAAAGUCUCACGUAGAUUUAUUUCCAAAGGACAGUAUUAUAUAUUUAACUGCAGAUUCUCCCAAUGUUAUGACUACUUUCAAGCAUGACAAAAUUUAUAUAGUGGGAUCUUUUGUUGAUAAGAAUAUGCAGCCAGGCAUAUCCCUAGCCAAGGCAAAACGGCUGAAUCUGGCAACAGAAUGCCUUCCGUUAGAUAAAUAUUUACAGUGGGACAUUGGUACAAAAAAUCUCACCUUAGAUCAAAUAACGCGUAUUUUGUUAUGUCUGAAAAACACUGGUAGUUGGGAAGAGGCUCUGAAAUUUGUUCCUAAGAGAAAGCAUACUGGUUAUCUGGAGAUUUCCCAGCAUUCUCAGGAGUUUGCCAACAGAGAGAAGAAGUCAAAGACUGUGAAUUCAUUUCCAAAAGGUUCUCUAAAUAUAUAUAAACAGAAAAGGUGACUUGAAAGAGAAUAUUUGAUAGCUUAAAAAGUAAAUGGGUUUGAUAUACAGUUUUGUUAGUCUCUUCCUGGAUGGAAUUCACUUGCUCUUUAAAGAGUUACCUUUCCAAACUAACUGAAGUAUUGUAUCUUUCCCCAAUUAAUUAUCUGUAAAACUUUGGAAAUAUAUUGUUUAGU